CCUUCUUCUCCAGAAGAACUCCGCAGCCCAAACCCAAACUCUGCCAUUCUCCAUAGCCCGGAGUUACAAGCACACUGAGAAAAACCAGCACGAGUGUGAGAGGAAGAGAAAGAGAGAGAGAGCAAGUGACAAAGUAACUAAUAAAACCCGAAAAAAAUAUAAAGUGAGGCUUCGCGCCUCGAGAGAGAGAGUACACGAAUACGUUCAAGUUUAGUUUAUAAAGCGUGGUGGAAAACUUUUCUGGGCUGUGGCAGAAAGCUGUGGACCGCGGAAGAUGCCAGAGCAAAGGUGUUGAACUUUCCAGGAAAGAACAAGGGCUGACACGGUCCACACUAGGGGACAGGUGAAGAAGUAACACAUUUAGAGAUGGCUGACGAGCAGGACACAAGGGAAGUGCUUUUCCCACAGUGGAUGGGCACUGAUACGCUUGGGCUCACCAUAGAACAAAAAGGUCAAGGAGAGAUUUUUGUCAAAGAGGUGAAAGAUGAGUCCCCUGCUGCUCAUACUGGGAAAGUAUAUGAAGGUGACCAAAUUGUGGGGGCCACCAUUUACUUUGACAACAUGAGCUCAGAAGAAACGGCUGAUCUAUUAAAGACUCUAAACCGACAUAAGGUUGGACUAAAAUUACAAAGUAAGUCUGGAGACAAGUCACCUUGCCGUUCUCCAAUGGGGACAUUGUCAUGGGAAGGACGUGGAGGGUUAGGAGGCUCUAGUUCAGACAUUCUUCUGAGUGGGGAUGACGAAGACUACAAGAGAAUCUACACUAAGAAGAUUAAACCUAGACUAAAGUCAGAGGAUCUUGCUGAGGGUGUUGAUGUGCGCACAGAACGUCACAGCAGCACAAGCAGUGAUGGUUGCACCAUUACUACAAUCACUCGUCGAAUAACUACCUACACUGUGGACGUGCCUGGGGGGACUAGUCAGCAGAUUGAUCACUCAAGCCCUGAGUACAAAAUUCAGGUCUUGCAGCAUGAGCAGUCGGAGGGGGAUUCUACUCAAAUCAGAUUACCACAUAGUAGCCUAGUUAGUGGUGCACACGGAGGUAUAAAAAUGGGGGACAUAACUCUUAGCGGGCCCCAUGUCACUGGCUCCACUGUGAAGCACUCUAGCACAGGAUCUUUAAAAGCAACAAGUGAAUUAGAUGGUAGUGGGAAAGAGAUUACAAUUAAUGUGUCAGACACUGGACUGUCAGGUCGUAAAGGACAGAUGGUGAUAGAACAUUUUGGAAGGACUGAAGCUUCUGCAGGCAGUAGUGAUCUCUCUGGCAAAGUAACCAUGGGGUUAGACAAAGAUGUGAGAAAUAUUUCUUCUCCAUUGGAAGCUGGUUUUAAAGCUUCAAGUAUGAUGGGAGGAACUGAGGUUGCUACAGUAAAGGGCCCUGUUCUGAACACUCGUGUUUCAGGUUUUUCCAUUAGUGGAGAUACAGGGGGCAGUAUUGGCAGGGAAUCUUUGUCUGAAGUGCAUAAGGAUGGGUCUGCUGAUAAAACCAAAUUGUCUAAAUUUACCAUAGAUGACCCCAAGGAAGGUCAAAAUGUAGAAGAGAAUUUUAACAAUCAAAAUCUUAAAGAUGUUAGUCAGAGAGGUUUCAGCAUAACUGGGAAUCAGGAAAUGUCAGCUCGGGUUCAGGAACCUGAUGCAGUAGUAAGUCUCCCCAAAGCUGAUGUAAAAAUCACACCACCAGAUAUGGACAUCAGGGGUCCAGAGCUUCACUUUAAAGGACAUGAGCGUACUGUCAAAGAUGUUAAAUUUGAUGCACCAUCAGUCACUGGUCAAAUUUCUAUGACAGAUGUGGAUUUAAACCUCAAAGGACAAAAAGUGAAAGGAGAUGUUAACGUGUCUGUUUCGAAUGUUGAAGGGAAUGUUACAACUUCAAAAAUUGAAAUUAAAAGGCCAGAUCUCGAGGAUGUGAAAAGUGGCUUUACGGUUCCAAAGGUCAAAAUGUCCUCAUUAGGAAUAAAAACUUCAGAAGUAAGGGCUCCUGAUGUUGAUGUAAAUCUCGUGAAAGCCAAAAUGGAGAUUAAAGCACCAGAUGUGGAUAUCAAGACUCCAGAUCUUAAUGUUGAGAGAUCUGAAGUAAAAGUCAAAGAUUCUGAAAUCAAGAUACCACCAAUCUCCGGUCCUAAUAUUGCGGUGUCUGACAUGAACUUAAAUGUAAAAGGGUCAACAUUGAAAGGUGACUUAAAUCUGAAAGGCCCAAAACUAAAAGGUGAUGUUGAUGUGUCUGUUCCAAAAAUGGAAGGAGACAUUAAAGCACCAAAAGUUGAAAUUGAAGGCCCUGACCUUGAGGAACCUGAGGGUGGUUUCAAGAUGCCAAAGAUCAAAAUGCCAUCAUUCGGAAUGAAGGUUCCAAAACUGGAGGGUCCAGAUGUUGAUGUGAAAAUCCCUAAAGCCGAUAUUGACAUAAAGGCACCAGAUGUGGACAUCAAAGCUCCAGAGUUUGACAUUGAAGGACCUGAGGGAAAAAUCAAGGGCCCCAAAUUCAAGAUGCCAUCAAUCUCUGGUCCAAAGAUUUCUAUGCCAGACGUUGACUUCAAUCUGAAAGGUCCAAAACUGAAAGGUGAUGUUGACGUGUCCGUUCCAAAAGUGGAAGGAGAUAUUAAAGCACCUAAAGUGAAAAUUGAAGGCCCAGAAAUUGAAGGUCCCGAGGGUAGUUUUAAGAUGUCAAAGAUCAAAAUGCCAUCAUUCGGAAUGAAGGUUCCAAAACUGGAGGGUCCAGAUGUUGAUGUGAAAAUCCCUAAAGCCGAUAUUGACAUUAAGGCACCAGAUGUGGACAUCAAAGCUCCAGAUUUUGACAUUGAAGGACCUGAGGGAAAAGUCAAGGGCCCCAAAUUUAAGAUGCCAUCAAUCUCUGGUCCAAAGAUUUCUAUGCCAGACAUUGACUUCAAUCUGAAAGGUCCAAAACUGAAAGGUGAUGUUGACGUGUCCGUACCAAAACUGGAAGGAGAAAUUAAAGCACCAGAUGUGAACAUUAAGGGUCCAGAACUUGAUAUUGAAGGACCAGAGGGAAAAAUCAAGGGCUCCAAAUUCAAGAUGCCCACCAUCUCUGGUCCAAAGAUUUAUAUGCCUGAUGUGGAUUUCAACUUAAAAGGUCCAAAACUGAAAGGUGAUGUUGAUGUUUCAAUUCCAAAAGUUGAAGGAGACAUCAAAACACCAGAUUUGGGUAUCAAGGGGCCCGAACUUGAUAUAAAAUUACCAGAAGGAAAAAUCAAAGGCUCAAAAGUGAAGAUGCCAUCAGUAUCUGGUCCUGAAGGUCCAAAUGUUGAGGUCAAUUUUCCAGAAACAAAUGUCAAGAAGCCUAAAUUUAAAAUGCCCAAGUUUGGAUUUAAAGGGCCAAAGAUUGAAGCACCUGAUGUUGAUGUCAAACUUCCGAAAGGAUCUAAAGUGAAAGGUCAAGCUGGUGUCAGUUUUGAAGGUGAUGUAAAUAUGCCCAAAGUGGAAGUUGGUUCUCCAAGAGUAGAAGUUAAAAGUCCAGAGGGAGGAUUCAAGAUGCCAAAAUUUAAAAUGCCAAAGUUCGGUUUUAAGUCACCCAAAGGAGAAAUUGAUGUCAGUGUACCUAGUGGUGACAUUGGUUUAAAAUCAUCUGAUAUUGACAUCGAAACUCCUGAUCUUGAUGUUGAGGGACCUGAGGGACAAAUCAAGGGCACCAAAUUCAAAAUGCCUUCUAUAUCUGGUCCAAAGAUUUCUAUGCCAGAUGUAGACUUCAACUUGAAAAGUCCAAAGGUCAAGGGUGAUAUUGAUGUUUCUGGACCCAAGAUUGCAGGUGACAUAAAGGCACCAAAAGUUGACAUUGAAGGUCCUGAUGUUGAUAUAGAGGGCCCAGGAGGUGGCAUCAAAAUGCCUAAAAUCAAAAUGCCAUCAUUUGGGCUCAAAGGUCCUAAAGUGGAGGGUCCAGAUGUUGACAUCAAUCUACCCAAAGCAGAUUUUGACAUUAAAGGACCUGAAAUUGACAUCAAAACUCCUGAUCUUGACAUUGAAGGACCUGAGGGGAAAAUCAAAGGUCCCAAGUUUAAAAUGCCUUCCAUAUCGGGUCCAAAAAUCUCUAUGCCAGAUGUAGACUUCAACUUGAAAAGUCCAAAAGUCAAGGGUGAUAUGGAUGUUUCUGUACCAAAGAUUUCAGGGGACAUAAAAGCUCCAAAAGUGGGCAUUGAAGGUCCUGAUGUUGAUUUCGAGGGCCCAGAAGGUGGCUUCAAGAUGCCUAAAAUCAAAAUGCCAUCAUUUGGACUCAGAGGUCCUAAAGUGGAGGGCCCAGAUGUUGACAUCAAUCUCCCCAAAGCAGAUGUUGACAUUAAAGGACCUGAAAUUGACAUCAAAACUCCUGAUCUUGACAUCGAGGGACCUGAGGGGAAAAUCAAAGGUCCCAAGUUCAAAAUGCCUUCCUUAUCAGGUCCAAAGAUCUCUAUGCCAGAUGUCAACUUAAAAAGCCCCAAGGUCAAAGGUGAUAUGGAUAUUUCUGUUCCAAAGAUUUCGGGGGACAUAAAAGCUCCAAAAGUGGAAAUUGAAGGUCCCAAUGUUGAUAUAGAGGGCCCGGAAGGUGUCUUCAAGAUGCCUAAAAUCAAAAUGCCAUCAUUUGGACUCAAAGAUCCUAAAGUGGAGGGCCCAGAUGUUGACAUCAAUCUCCCCAAAGCAGAUGUUGACAUUAAAGGACCUGAAAUUGACGUUAAAGCUCCUGAUCUUGACAUUGAAGGACCUGAGGGAAAAGUCAAAGGUCCCAAGUACAAAAUGCCUUCCAUAUCAGGGCCAAAGAUCUCUAUGCCAGAUGUCAACUUAAAAGGCCCCAAAGUCAAAGGUGAUAUGGAUGUUUCAGUACCAAAGAUUUCAGGGGACAUAAAGGCCCAAAUUUACGUUAAAGCUCCUGAUCUUGACAUCGAGGGGCCUGAGGGGAAAAUCAAAGGUCCCAAGUUUAAAAUGCCUUCCAUAUCAGGUCCAAAAAUCUCUAUGCCAGAUGUAGACUUCAACUUGAAAAGUCCAAAAGUCAAGGGUGAUAUGGAUGUUUCUGUACCAAAGAUUUCAGGGGACAUAAAAGCUCCAAAAGUGGCCAUUGAAGGUCCUGAUGUUGAUUUUGACGGCCCAGAAGGUGGCUUCAAGAUGCCUAAAAUCAAAAUGCCAUCAUUUGGACUCAGAGGUCCUAAAGUGGAGGGCCCAGAUGUUGACAUCAAUCUCCCCAAAGCAGAUGUUGACAUUAAAGGACCUGAAAUUGACAUCAAAACUCCUGAUCUUGACAUCGAGGGACCUGAGGGGAAAAUCAAAGGUCCCAAGUUCAAAAUGCCUUCCUUAUCAGGUCCAAAGAUCUCUAUGCCAGAUGUCAACUUAAAAAGCCCCAAGGUCAAAGGUGAUAUGGAUAUUUCUGUUCCAAAGAUUUCGGGGGACAUAAAAGCUCCAAAAGUGGAAAUUGAAGGUCCCAAUGUUGAUAUAGAGGGCCCGGAAGGUGUCUUCAAGAUGCCUAAAAUCAAAAUGCCAUCAUUUGGACUCAAAGAUCCUAAAGUGGAGGGCCCAGAUGUUGACAUCAAUCUCCCCAAAGCAGAUGUUGACAUUAAAGCUCCUGAUCUUGACAUCGAGGGGCCUGAGGGGAAAAUCAAAGGUCCCAAGUUUAAAAUGCCUUCCAUAUCAGGUCCAAAAAUCUCUAUGCCAGAUGUCAACUUAAAAGGCCCCAAAGUCAAAGGUGAUAUGGAUGUUUCAGUACCAAAGAUUUCAGGGGACAUAAAGGCCCCAAAAGUGGACAUUGAAAGUCCAGAUGUUGAUAUUGAGGGCCCAGAAGGUGGCUUCAAGAUGCCUAAAAUCAAAAUGCCAUCAUUUGGACUCAGAGGUCCUAAAGUGGAGGGCCCAGAUGUUGACAUCAAUCUCCCCAAAGCAGAUGUUGACAUUAAAGCUCCUGAUCUUGACAUCGAGGGACCUGAGGGGAAAAUCCAAGGUCCCAAGUUUAAAAUGCCUUCCAUAUCAGGUCCAAAAAUAUCUAUGCCAGAUGUAGACUUCAACUUGAAAAGUCCAAAAGUCAAGGGUGAUAUGGAUGUUUCUGUACCAAAGAUUUCAGGGGAAAUAAAAGCUCCAAAAGUGGACAUUGAAAGUCCUGAUCUUGACAUUGAAGGACCUGAGGGGAAAAUCAAAGGUCCUAAGUUCAAAAUGCCUUCCAUAUCAGGUCCAAAUAUCUCUAUGCCAGAUGUUAACUUGAAAAGUCCAAAAGUCAAGGGUGAUAUGGACAUUUCUGUACCAAAGAUUUCAGGGGACAUAAAAGCUCCAAAAGUGGCCAUUGAAGGUCCUGAUGUUGAUUUUGACGGCCCAGAAGGUGGCUUCAAGAUGCCUAAAAUCAAAAUGCCAUCAUUUGGACUCAGAGGUCCUAAAUUGGAGGGCCCAGAUGUUGACAUCAAUCUCCCCAAAGCAGAUGUUGACAUUAAAGGACCUGGAAUUGACAUUAAAGCUCCUGAUCUUGACAUCGAGGGACCUGAGGGGAAAAUCCAAGGUCCCAAGUUUAAAAUGCCUUCCAUAUCAGGUCCAAAAAUAUCUAUGCCAGAUGUAGACUUCAACUUGAAAAGUCCAAAAGUCAAGGGUGAUAUGGACAUUUCUGUACCAACGAUUUCAGGGGACAUAAAAGCUCCAAAAGUGCACAUUGAAGGUCCUGAUGUUGAUAUCGAGGGCCCAGAAGGUGGCUUCAGGAUGCCUAAAAUCAAAAUGCCAUCGUUUGGACUCAAAGGUCCUAAAGUGGAGGGCCCAGAUGUUGACAUCAAUCUCCCCAAAGCAGAUGUUGACAUUAAAGGACCUGAAAUUGAUAUUACAGCUCCUGAUCUUGACACUGAAGGACCUGAAGGAAAAAUUAAAGGUCCCAAGCUCAAAAUGCCUUCCAUAUCAGGUCCAAAGAUCUCUAUGCCAGAUGUCAACUUAAAAGGCCCCAAAGUCAAAGGUGAUAUGGAUAUUUCUGUUCCAAAGAUUUCGGGGGACAUAAAAGCUCCAAAAGUGGAAAUUGAAGGUCCUAAUGUUGAUAUAGAGGGCCCGGAAGGUGGCUUCAAGAUGCCUAAAAUCAAAAUGCCAUCAUUUGGACUCAAAGGUCCUAAAGUGGAGGGCCCAGAUGUUGACAUCAAUCUCCCCAAAGCAGAUGUUGACAUUAAAGGACCUGAAAUUGAUAUUACAGCUCCUGAUCUUGACAUUGAAGGACCUGAAGGAAAAAUUAAAGGUCCCAAGCUCAAAAUGCCUUCCAUAUCAGGUCCAAAGAUCUCUAUGCCAGAUGUCAACUUAAAAGGCCCCAAAGUCAAGGGUGAUAUGGAUGUUUCUGUUCCAAAGAUUUCAGGUGGCAUAAAGGCACCAAAAGUGGACAUUGAAGGUCCUGAUGUUGAUAUCGAGGGCCCAGAAGGUGGCAUCAAGAUGCCUAAAAUCAAAAUGCCAUCAUUUGGUAUCAAAGGUCCUAAAGUGGAGGGCCCAGAUGUUGACGUCAAUCUCCCCAAAGCAGAUGUUGACAUUAAAGGACCAGAAAUUGAUAUUAAAGCUCCUGAUCUUGACAUUGAAGGACCUGAGGGUGGUUUAAAACAUGUUAAGUUCCCAAAAUUCAAAGGUCCCAACUUUGGAAUAAAGCCUUCAGGUGGCAGUCUUUCAAUACCUGAAAAAGAUAUAGGGGCGAGUAUUGAUGUCAAAAGCCCUGAUGUCAAUAUCAGUGGACCAGAUGCAAAUAUCAAGGUGCCAAAAAUGAAAAAAUCAAAAUUUUCGCUUGGAGCUAAGAGCCCAAAAUUAGAUGCAGAUAUUCCUGAUGCUGGUGGUAGUGUAGAAGGACCUGAUAUGAACAUAGAUGUGAAAGGAAAGAAAGGUAAAUUCAAAUUGGCCAAAGGGAAGGGGAAGUCUAAAACAUUUGAUGGUGAUAUGAAGACAGAAACUGUCAAGUUGGAGACAAAUGAACCUGACCUACAGAUGAAGUCAACCAAAGUAAAGAAACCUUUUUUUGGAAAGUUACGUUUUCCUGAUGUGGAAUUUGACAUCACAUCUUCAAAAGCUAAAGGUAGUCCAUCUGCCUCUGGAACUAUAAAAUCAUCUGCUGAUUUGCCUUCUGCAAGCCUUAAAACUGAUAUUCAGACACCAGAUGCUAGUUUGGAUAGUCCUGAUUUCAAAACAAAAGGAGGAAAAAUCAAAAUACCAAAAGUCGGCAUCUCUGGCUCUGAAAUAAAAACUCCUGAACUAGUUGUUAGAGAUGCAACUUUAGAGGUUCCAGAAAAGACCUUUCAGUCCUCAGGUGUCAGUGUAGCAGGAUCAGGCAUUAAUGGAAAAGGCAAGGCUAAAAUUGACAUAGGAGGAAAAAUACAGGAUGUUAAGUUGACAGUGCCUACUGUAAAUGUCCAUGGUGGUGCUUUAGAUGCUGAUUUAAAUCUCACUGAACAAAAAGGAGUAAAAGGGAGCAUUGAAAUACCAGGCUUUAAUGUAAGAGGACAAAAGGGAGAGACUGCAAGUGGGUUAGACAUGAAGCCAGAUGCAUCAUUAUCUGGUGUGAUGGAGUACCAAGAAGGUAAUGUAACCUUUCCUAAAAUCAAAGUACCAAAGUUUGGUGUUGCAUUGCCUAAAGUAGAUGGAGGCGAGAUGAGAGUAGAUGUAGGUUCAGGUGAAUUGGCUGCUGGUUCUAAAGUUACUUCCCAAAGUCUGGAAAUUGAGAACACUGAUAUGAAAAGCAGUGGUGGAAAAGUGAAAGUCAAAAUGCCAAAAUUAUUUGUCAAAUCUAAAUCUAAAGGUGGCAGUGCAGCUGAUCUUACUGUUGAGGGAGAAGGUGUUGAUGUUACAAGUAAAGGUGGUGCAAAGGUGUCUAAGGAGUUGAGCCUUAGUUCUGGGGAAUUGACAAGUGGCAAGUUGACAGUAGAGGGAAGCUCUGGGUUUAAAGUUUCACCAAAGAGUAAAUCUGCCUCCCUUGACCUCUUCAAAAAAACACAACAUCACUCAUCCUCUGUAAGUGAUGAGGGAGGUUUAGCUUCCCCUGUUUCUGCUGAAGGCCACUUACAGGCAGAGGGUGGCAACAUUUCAGUUGAUGUUGGAGAAAAGGCCAAAGGCAAAAAAGGAAAGUUGAAGUUUGCUACAAUUGGAGGUUUUAGCUCAAAAAGUAAAGGUUCAUAUGAAGUGACAGAUGAAAGUGAGGUUAGGAUUGAGGAUGCUGGUGGAGUUGCUCAGUCUUCAAAGAAGUCCAGAAUGUCAUCAUCAUCCAGCAGUGAUAGUGGGUCAAAAGGCAGUUUUCGGUUUCCACAACUCGAAAUAGCGGUGUCACCAAAGAAAUAGCUUUCACGCUAGUAUCUAUACACAGUACAUUCACAUACACACUUUGUAAAUGUAAAUCUGUCUUUCAUUUAAACAAUAGUGCACUGCCAUAUUGACUGUUUCUUCAAUUCCCACAUAUGUUCUUUACAGGCGUUGAUAUAUAUAUAAUUUUUUUUUCUCUGAAUCACAAUUUAACUGUAAAUAAGAGAAAUCUGUUAUGUAAUUUUAAUUUUGUUUUGUAGAUAGGAAAUUCAAAUCCAAUCCAACAAUGUGUGUAGUUAAUAUAAAAAUCUGUCAUCUGAUAACUUGUUCUAUUUUUGUACCUUAGAAAGUUUUGGAACUAUGUUGUCCUUUCUAAAAUUGUCUGGACACAUUUAAAUGCAAGAGGAGUGAUUUUAGUUAGAUUUGAAAGGUUUUUAAAACUUCAGCUUCACUUACAUUAGCAGUGCUGUAUCAUAUGUACUCAUUGCAUAUGAAUAACUAAUUUGAGCAGUGAUAAACCAGAUCUCAGUGAGCACAAUGAAGUUUAAGGGCUGUACAAACUGUAAAUAAUUUGAUUCAAAACAGAUACAUGGGAUAACGUAACUUUGUGUCCCAAAUAUUAUGACAGUUCAGAUAUUAUGGAAUUUACACAGAGAUUAUAAUCUUCUAAAGUAUUUAUAUCUAAGACUGUCUUUUUCAAUGAUUGCUUGGAUAUCAUUAAAAUGCACACCAAGAAGCAGCUGGCAAAAGCUUUGCUUUUAAUGGUUUCGAAGGCAUUUUUCUUUUGUUCUAUCUUCCACAUUUCUUUACAUCCGGUUGACUCUCUCUCUUCCUCUCACUAAAUUUAUGAAAUGCCGUGUUGUCAUGUGGUGAUAUAACUACAGGAAUGCUAAUGCCAAUGGUAAAACAUUAAUAUUUUGAAAAGGCAUAAAAUGUGCAUUUGGCCUUGUAAGUAAUGGGACAUUUAGGCUGCAAGUUUCUAUUUUUUUUCCCCCUUGUAUCAGUUGCAAUAAAAAUUUUAAUAAAGUGAA